GCGGGUGCCGCGCCCCGCCUGUGACGGCCCAGGAACCUGCGGGCCAUGAAGGGGCGGUGUCCGGCUGUCAUGUCGCCGGGUCCCGGCUUGAGUUUUCGGCGGACAGUCUGCAAGUGUGCACUUUGAAGAUUCAGCUGCACGGUGGAUUUGAUUUUGGAGAUUGGAGCUGAAUUGUUUGCGAAGGGAAUGUUUUUAAUGGAAAUGAGUAACUCUUUCUGAGAAAGCCAUGGCAAAAUCAAGCACAAAGCACAGAGUUUGUUCUCGGGCCUCUUCAGUGUCUUCUCUCCUGGCAAGCUGCAGCCUGAGUGGUGGUGGUUCCUCCAAUUCUGACGACUCUUUUUGGUUGAAGGGCAAGCUCUACCGCUCUGCUUCUGAGGCUCUGCAGGCCUACAUUCAUGAUUUCGAUCUAAGCAGAGUACAUCCUGCCACAAGCACUGGCAAAAUAGAUACCAGCAAAGGUUCUGUUACCGUGCCACGAUUUUCCAGCUAUAAGCACAAACCAAGCAAUGCUUUUGAGAAUCUUGAUCACAGACAGCACUCACACUCCUUGUCCUAUAGAAGAGAGAUUAUUAAUGAUAUGGACUCCAUUAGCCUAACAACGGAUGAUUUGUUAAGACUGCCAGCAGAUGGAUCCUUUUCUUUCACUCAUGUUAGAUCUGGUUAUCGGCCAAGCAAGAAAAACAAGAAAUACUUUGGAAGAUUGGAUUCAUCGGACAUUAAAAAGAAUCUGAAUUUUCAUGUAUCCUCUACUCCCAUGAGCAAAGAUAACUUAGUCACUUUUGAUGUAUAUACACAUGUAAAUGGAAAGAAAUGUGGUGGGCCCAGAACUCCAAAGCUUAUGAAUAGAAAUAGUAAAUGUGUUUUGGAAUCAUCUUUGUCAUUUCCCAAGGAAUCAUCUUUCAAGGACAGUUCAGAGCACAGUGCUGAAAAAAAUUAUCCAAGAUGGCUCACUAGCCAGAAAUCUGAUCUUAAUGUUUCAGGGGUAACCAGUAUACCUGAUUUUAAAUAUCCAAUUUGGCUCCAUAAUAAAGACUUGCUACCUGAUGCAGAUAGUCAAAGGGCUUAUAAAUUAUUCAAAGAAGAUGAAUAUUCCCCUAUACUUAGUCACCAGACACAAAGAACUUCUCAGCUUACAGAUAAAGUCGAUUGUUUCGAAUAUUCUUUUGAACCUUCAAAUUUUACAGAUUCUUUCAGAGAGGGUAAAGAAUUAGUUAAUGAAUAUAAAUAUGAUACUGAGCACACUCAAUGUCAGUGUGAGAAUCCGUUUCUCCCAGGACAAUCUCAAAAGCCAUUCAGUGGUGACAAAAUUGAGUUGCUUAUCCUGAAGGCCAAGAAAAAUCUCAGGCAGUGUACUGAAGACUUACCAAAGCCUAUGACCAAGGAUGACAGCCCUUGCUCACUAGAUAAACUCGAAGCAGAAAGAUCAUGGGAAAAUGUUCCUGUUACUUUCAAAUCUCCUGUCCCUGUUAAUGCUGAUGACAGUCCUCAACAGAGUUCAAGGGAAACGUGCAUUAAAGAGGUUCUUGAAGAUUGUUUAAAUAAUGAUAAUCAGAACUCUACCCUAUCUGGAGGCAAACAUCAUGGUCCUGUGGAAGCCUUGAAACAAAUGUUAUUUAACCUUCAAGCAGUACAAGAAAGUUUUAAUCAGAAUAAAACUACAGAAACAAAAGAAGAGAUUAAGCAAGUUUUAGAAGAUGAUUUCUCUAAAUUACAAUUGAAGGAAAAUAUGAUUCCUAUUACUACAUCUCUUCAAAAGGCUUUACAGCAUUUAUCUUGCCUGAGAGACCUGGUUGAUGACACCAAUGGGAAGCAGUCACUGAAAAUGUGAAGAGGGAAAGAAAACUUGGCCAAAUAAAUAGUCACCAUAUGAUGAAUUAUGGAGUUUUUUGCUAUUACUUAAACUGGCAAAGUAAAUAUUAAGGCAUACAUUAUUCUGUGACUGGACCUAGUAUACGUCUAAAAGUCUAUACUUCAAAUGCCCACAGGCCUGAUUUUGUGCCACAAUACUAGAGUGUAAACUGGACAACACCAUAAUGUAUCCUAAAGCAUUACUUAGAUCUUCAAACCAGAAAAUGUUUAUUUCAAACAUGGAUGCUUUCUGUUUUUGCCACUUACCAGACUCACACACUGUGUGUGUGUAUGUGUGUGUGUGUGUAUGUAUAUAAAAUAUUUUAUAGACAUUGCUCUUUUUUAUGUAUUUUGAGAAAAUGUUAAAUAGGAAAGAUUAAGUUGCUUCAAAUUUUUAAGUGAGUAUAAAAAUGUAAUAUAUUUAAAGGGUAUGUGGAGAUGGUUCUGUUGUUAAACUGCUUGCCUUGCAAACAUGAGGACCUGAGUUCAAUCCCUAGAACCCAUUUUUUUUUUGUUGUUGUUGUUUUGUUUUGUUUUAAAGCCAAAUGUGGUGGAACAUUCUUGUAAUUCCAGCUUGGGGAGGCAGAGACAGGAGGGUCCCUGGAGCUUGCCUGCCCGCCAGCCUAACCCAGCGAGUGAGCUCAGCGGUGACACCCAAAGUUGUCCCCUGGCUUCCACAUGAAUGUGUGUGUGCACACAAUACACCAAAUGAUUUCAGAAUGUUUUAGAACAAGGGAUAAAGAUUUGAUCAAUAUGCAGAGUCAGGACUAAAGUGUAUUGUCUUCACUAUCAGGCCUUUAAACCACAGGCCUGAUUUUGUGCCACAACAGUAGAGUGUGAACUGGACAACACCAUAAUGUAUACUAAAGCAUUACUUGGAUCUUCAAACCAGAAAAUGUUUUUUUUUUUUUUAAUUCUCCCUUUUUCCUGUGACAAUGUAUCAUUCAGCUUCAUAGAAAUUUCUGAACAAAUUGAUGAGCUGUCUUUUUGAAGUUGUUUUGGUGUAGGUCUUUCUAGUUGGAUUAUUUCUUGCCAAAUUUCUAAAUCUUGGAUUUUUCUUGGUAUUGUGUAGUUUAGGCUAAUAUCUUGUUUUAAAUUACAUGUAAUUAUAAAAAAUUUCCCAAAGAAAAACCAUAACAAGAUUCAUUAUUUGUCCUGUGUUUUAAAUAUAUGGACUUCAUAGUAUUAGAUUUGAAUUUUUGUUUAAUUUUUCUGUUUUACCCUUCACUCUAUAUUUAAAAUCCUCUUUGGUGGAAGUACUGUCAGGCACAGGGUUUAUUCUUGAUGUGUGUUCUGAAUCUGGACAAAUGUACAGGAGACAUGUAGCCACCAUUAUGGGAAGUCUCAUACAGUGUUGUGGUUCCUUUAAUGUCCUCUGUUCUCUUAUUCAUCUCUACCUCAAUCCCACACAAAACUUUAAAAUGACAUAAUUACAUGUAUUUUAGAACAUUUCUUUUUUGAUGUUUUUGUUGCUUUUUAAAAAAUAGGAUCAGCAAUUGUGUAACUAUUAUGGGUGGACAUUGCUAUAAGCUUUAUGAUUACUUGAACACUGAGAAAGUGGAGACUUAAAAUUUUUUUAAUGUUUCCCAUUUUAUCAAACACACAGUCUGUUCCACAGAUGUGAGACUAAAUCAAGGACCCCUUUCGGUAUCUGAUUGUCAUAGUUUCUUCAGCUGCUACAAUAAAAUACCCAAGAGUGGGUAAUUCAUGGAGGGAUAAAGUCAGGUUUCAGUUCUGGAGGCUGGGAGGUCAUGUCAAGAUGCUGGCAUCUUUGACUAGCUUGCUGUUGAGGGUUGCUAUGUGUCCAAAUGGUGUCUUUCAUAUGCCAAAGGAGAAUGCUGUGUCUUCAUGUGGCAGAAAGGACAGAAGAUGGAAGUGACCAAAUUGCCUAGGUCAAAUCCUUUUAUAAGGAAGGAUGUUAAUCUAUUUGUGAGGGCAAUUCCUCCUGACUUAAAUACCUUCCAUAAAGCUCCAUUUUCUGAUACUCUUGAGUUGGGAGUUAAGUUUCAGUAAAUGAAUUUGGGGGGAAUACAUUCAGAACAAAACAAUGGUGUUGCAUUGUAUUACUUUGAGCCUGAUGGCAACAGUUUGUCUAAUCUAGAACAAUUAUACGUUGAUUAAAAACAUGAAUUUCUCUCAGCUAUUGUGA